AUGGAGCACAUGGGCAGACAUCCACGAGGGUACUCUCUGUCGCCUGAUCAUAUCAACGUUCUUAUCACCAUCGAACGAGUUGGUGCCGGCUGCUCUAUGGUAGCUAUUGUUCUUUUGUUGUUGAGUUUCACCUUGUUCAAGAAGCUUCGAACCACUCCCAAUCUUUUCAUUGUAUUCGCAUCUAUUGCAAAUGCGGGUGCCAGUGUGGCAUCUAUGAUCGGAUAUGAUGGCCUGCAAGCAGGAGAGGACUCAAGCUUGUGCCAGGCUCAGGCCUUUAUCUUUGAAUGGUUCAUGCAGUCCGAUCCUUGGUGGUCUCUUGCAAUGGCAAUCAAUGUGUUCCUUGUUUUUUUUUGCAAUGCGGACCCAAGAAUGUUUCGCAAGUAUGCUUGGUUUUACUGCAUCAUCUGCUUUGGUGGGCCGAUGAUCCCAGCCAUUGUGCUGAUUUCAAUCCGCAACUCGCCCAAGGGUCUCAUGUAUGGAGACGCUGCACUGUGGUGCUGGAUCGGAAGCGACUGGAGUCUUGUUCGCCUCUACGCCUACUACAUCCCUAUCUGGAUAUUUUCCUUCCUCUCUAUCAUGAUCUAUGUUGCGGUCGGAUACCGGGUAUUUCAUGCUCGAAACGUGCUCAAGCAUAUGGUGGUGGAUGGGAUGAAGGUUGAAAGAAGUGACAGCAUCCCUUACUCGAGUAGCGAGCACCGAGGCUCCUCCGAAGCGGUAGCCUUUCCCCAUGGUACCAGUGAGGCAAGCGAUACUGACUCUUAUCAUCAGAACCUCACGGGCCGACAGGAGAUUUACGGCACCGUCGUCACAGAAGUUCAAAUCACACGAGAGGAGCCAAGACAGGGGACAAGCCAUGGAAUCGCCCUGCCUGCUGCAGCUCAUACUGGUUCCAGUCCCCCACGCAUCCAGUCUUGGGUUCUGCCUGGUUCUUUUGAGCAACUCGAACGCACUACUUCUGGAAGGGCUCAGCGAUUCGAAACAGUUUGCACGUCCGACAGCGCCCCUCAGGAAUCUUCCACUUUGAUGACUCGACUUCGCGCUAUCAAAUCUAACGCCUCCCUAAAGCUCAAGCGACUCGACCCUGUCAAGAUGGCAUACCUACGCACCAGUUUCAUCUUCGGUUUUGCAGUAUUGAUUACCUGGAUCCCGAGCUCAAUCAACCGCCUGUACAGCCUGACGCAUCACGACGACAUCAGUUUCGGUUUGAGCGUGGCCAGUGGAUGUGUACUGCCACUCCAAGGUUUCUGGAACACUCUGAUCUACUUUACGACCAGCUGGAAGGUGUUCUGCGAGGAGGUUCGCACAGCCAAAUCGAAGUGGUUCGAACGGUCCGAAGAAAGUACAGAUGGGAUCCGCCUUAACAGUCGACUUGGAACUUACAAAGGAGACUAUCGCGAUACCUUUGAGCGAACUCGACAAGUCCGCGCCGGCUCCACCGAAGACGGUGAGAAGUCCAUGACAGAAUAA